AUGGUUGGUGCUUCAUUAGUUCGGCUAAAAACCGCAAAGGCCCUUGAUUUUACGCGACCCCCUCUCAGCGCUGACAAUUGUAAGAGAAGUGCCAUUAUAUUCAACGCUACAUUAGUGAAUGGUUAUCAGUCUGGAAAAUUCGUGGACCAUGGAGACCUGGGCACGAUCGCUGCAUGCCAAGACAUGUGCUGUCAAUCACCUAUGUGCGAUGUGGCAUUUUUGGUGGGAAAGCGGUGUUAUUCUGUGUAUUGCCACAGUGAAUCUCAGUGUCUAUGGACGCCAUCUAAACACAACAAAUACAUGCUACAACUUUCUUACAUCCACAGUGCCCACCGUAUUUCAAACAGCGGGCCGUCGCUGAAGGCGAGUCAUCCCACAGAGGUCUCCCUGAGAGUGGAAGCAGAUGCAAGACCUAUCAAGAAUGACAAGACUGAACGCGAACAAACAGCUGCCAUUGCAGCGUCCAACAGAACAGAGAAACACCGAAAGAUGUCAAUGGCACCUCUCAACAAAACAAAAACUAAAGGUGAUAAAGAAAACAAGGUGUUGCCACCCAGUCAUUCCAAGAGCUUGGCUGGUAAUACUGUGCGAGCAAUGCCACAUAGGUACGGAAAGGGUGGUCGAAGUGAAACAAAAUCGGGUAAGGCUGCUAUAGGUGUGUCACACAUUGGAGAGAAAGCUGUGUCACGCAAAGCUCUCAAGGGAGGACACUCCUCGACAGCACGAGCUGCAAGGCCACGUGCCUCAACGUCACGAACUGCUAGGUCACGUUCGGUAAUGUCACGUGCUGAAAAGUCACCUACUGCCAGGUCACUUGCUACAACGUUACCUGCUGCAACGUCACGUACUACAACGUCACGUGCGAUAAUGUCACGUGCUCUAAUGUCACUUGCUGUAACAUCACAUACCGCAACGUCGCGUCACAAGAUCAGCACCAGAAAGGCAAAAAGUGAUUUAAGAGCAGUACAAACUUCCAGUAUCAGCGGAGCUAGAAAAGAAUUGAAAGACAAGGGCUCAAAAAUUUCCGCGUCAAGGAGACACAAAUCCACGGCUACUGUGGCGAGAAACGUAUCGUUUCCUCAUCCGUCGUCAAACCAAUCGAAGUCAAAGGAACUUAUAAGGAGUCCAAACCCUAUGUUCGUGGGUAAACUUUCUGCGUCAGCAGCAAUCACUCCUAGCACAUCUCAUUCUUUGAAGAAGUCAUCUCUUUCCAAUGUGAAGACAGAAGAUUUAAUCCAAGCCAGAUCACGAGCAGUGACCAUAACAAUGGAGCAGAAAGUUCCAACUCAACGAACUGCUCAAGCACACCGAACAAUAAAAUCUGGUUCAGGCUCCCUCAGUCGUGAUACAAAGGAUGCUCGAGGAAGGAAGCAUUCUCCUCUUCCAACACCAUCUAAAGAGAGGACGCUGCGCUCGUCGAGAUCAUCUGAAACCCCAAAUUUAUUUUCAACGAUCACAAGUGCAUUCAACAACGCCAAUGCCACCAGCGAAGCAAUUCUGUCGACAUCUGUGUCUUCUAAGGACGUUGGAGAUGACACGUCAGAACUUUCGGGUCUGUAUCAUCUGAUAUCCUUUAAAGACAUAAAUAAGUCGGAGGAAAAUGUAAGUAAUUUCCCGACCCCCUCUAUAACCGUGUCUAGUCGUGAUGCGAAGAAUUCUCGUCACCGGGAUUUGGCAACGAUGCUGGCCGAGCUGGCAGGGAAGAGUUCUCGUCGUACCACGACGAGUAAUCCGGCGCGCAUUCUGGAAACAUCCUCAACAAUAAAAAUUACACCCAUGGAAAGCGCUCUCCCUGGGAAGGAAGGAUUUCCUGACUAA